AUGUCCGUUUCUCAUUCGACAAGCCCGAGAGCGCGGCUUCGUGACGUCGUACCCUCCGUCUUCUUGGGCUCGUGGCCUCCCGGACCCAAGAAUGGAAUCACGGAUGUGCCUGGCGUUCGUGUUCAUACACAAUCCAUCCACUCCGACGACGGAAAUGUGAAUACGGGCGUGACCACCAUCAUUCCGCGGGAUGAAUGGUUUCACAAGGCUUGCCAUGCAGGCCUAUUCCGUUUCAAUGGCUCUGGAGAGAUGACGGGCUCGCAUUGGAUCGAGGAAACGGGUCUCCUGCAUUCGCCCAUUAUUCUCACCAACAGCUUCGCCGUCGGCCCGGCAUACACUGGCAUCUACCAGCAUGCACUCCAAGAACAUACUGGAGAGGAUGGCGAGGUCGGCUGGUUUUUGCUGCCCGUUGUCGGCGAGACGUUUGAUGGCUACCUCAACGACUUGGGCGUCUUCGCCGUGACGCCUGAGCACAUCGUCCAGGGCUUGGAGAAGGCCAGCAGCGACCCGGUGCAAGAAGGAAACACAGGUGGCGGUACCGGAAUGAUUUGCCAAGGCUUCAAAGGCGGUACUGGUACCAGCAGCCGUGUCAUCCCCGCCGCCACCGAGGGCAAGACGUACACGGUUGCGGCGCUGGUACAAGCCAACUACGGCCGCCAGCAUCAUCUCCGUAUUUCGGGUGUUCCCGUAGGACGGAUUAUAGCCGACGAGGCGGCCAAAAAGGCCGCCGCAGCCAAGACGGAAAUACCCCGAAACGAGGCCGACGAGUCCAAGGAAACAAAGGACGGCUCCAUCAUCAUCAUCCCUGCGACAGAUGCGCCGCUGCACCCGACCCAGCUUCAGCGCCUCGCAAAGCGGGCUACUGUCGGCCUUGCCCGGGUAGGAGGAUACGGCCAUAACCCGUCUGGUGACAUUUUCCUGGCGUUUUCCACAGCCAACGAGAUACCUGUGCAGACAGUCAACUCCAACGUGCGCAAGGUUGACCCCUUCAGGCUGGCCUCGCGUAGCAUCGAGACUGUCGACGACCAGACCAUCAAUGCUCUAUUCGAGGCGACGGCGGAUGCAACCGAGGAGGCUAUUUACAAUGCGCUCUGCAUGGCUGAGACCAUGGUUGGCAACCGAGGACAUUGCAUCGAGGCGCUGCCACUGGAUAAGCUAAGGGAAAUUAUGGACAAGUACCACUAUUCGGCAUAA